UAGUGCGCGGUCGCCUUUGAAUUCUCCAUGUGAUGUGAGCUCAUCACCCAUGUCACCACCGCUGUCGUCGGCAAGUGAUGUUCGCGAUCAUGUUUGCGGUGAACUAGGAAAGGACAUAGUGGAACGAACGGAGGAGAGGUUUGGGUUUGGUUUCCACGUCUCCGCCUUGUCGAAAAUAUAGCAGCGGCGCUGCCAUCGCCAACUACGUGUCGCGGACAUGCUUUGCAAUGCGCGUGUCGUCUGCGUCUCAAUAAUUUUACGAAUUUAGAUUUUUGUUUCUUGUAUUUUGUUGAGAACAAUUAAUUGUAAUUGUAAAUAAUAUUUGAAAUUUUAUUCUGCGUCUUCUUCUUACUAACUUACUAACUCUAUGGCGUCUUCAUAGUCAUCGAUUGCAGCGACGCCGUCGGCUGUCGACGUCGCGAUAGUCACGCGGACAGCGCGGUCGUUCCACUGCCCUCUUCUGGUUCACUUGUGCUGACUGUACUGGGGAGAUGCAAAGGAGCAAAUGACAUCAUCUCAUAAGUCUAGUAUGAGGUCACAGCUGCAAAAGAUUUAUCGACGGACAGCUCUGCUCGGCCUUUAUCAUAACGACCUCUCAGAACUUGGUGGGAAGUCGCUGGCUCUCAUGUGCAGGCUAAAGCACCACAUUGCAAACAUGCGACAGUCUGAUGAGCACUUCAGUAUGGAUGAUGCAAAACAUUUCCUCAAAGAUGUUCGUGAUCUGCUAAGGAACACAUCUGCGGAGGAUUUGCCGAACUUGAAGCAGUUUGAGUUGAAGUCUUACAACCUAAGACAUUGUAAAAAAGCAGUGCAGUUCCUGGAAGAAGUGAAAUUAACAUCUGAUGAUGAAGGCAAAAGCGACGAUAACUAUCCUGCAAAUGAAACAGCCUCUGGAGCACAAGAACAGUUUUUGCUUUUGUGCAGGGUAUCUUCAGUGCUGGCUAGAUGCACAGACAAGGAACAGUCACGCCCAAAGCAGCUGGAUUCACACUGGCUUCUACCAAUACUCGAGGAGCUUUUGCGGGGAGGCAGUGUGGACGAAGCACUAGACUUGCGCAUAGAGUCACAAAAGGAGUCAAUAGCAGCAAUGAUCUCACAGCUUCAGCAGCAUGAAGAAUCCAUAUCAGAAGCGCACAAGAAAAUUGCUGUUUUGGCAUCAAAGAACAAAGCACUCCUGAGCAGCUGUGAAGAGCAUGCAAAGUGUAUUGCGACAGCAUCUGAAGAUGUGUGUUCGUUGCAAGAGAAAAUUGUUGGGACGGGUGAUGCAGUAAUUGAAGCGGUACCACACCUACGAAAUGAGCUUAUUUCAGCUGAGUGCUUACCACAGUAUAACUUACUGCAUGAAAGACAUGAAUAUACAUCCAGAACGCCUACCGACUAUUCAGCGGCUACAGGCGACUUUUCAAAGAUCCUAUGGAAGUAUGAUACAAAAGCCUUGUCAACUAGUUUGGACGCUGUCAAAGAAGACUUCAGAAAGAGCUACAGCACGGCACUUCUUUCAUUGGAGCGUCUCGAGUCUCCUGAGAAUCGGCUGAAAGCCAAACAACAAGAGUUACUGCAGCUUAAGUAUAUUUGGGAGGACCAGCCAGCACAGUUUUGUCUAGACACACUGGUUCAGGGUCGCAGACUUGCGGACUGGAUGCUGCUGCUGAAAGAACAGCCAGAUGACUAAACCUCAACCCGGAUUGAAAUUUCUUCAGAAAUGGAAACAAGAUUCUUCUUCUGGAAAUGGUUGACACGGAUUAUUUAAAUUUGACUUUAAUACAAAGGAGUACUCUAGUACUGUACAGGAACAGCUAGAAUAAGGUUAACAUGGGUAGUACUAUAUCACUACUGAGAUAGUAUUUGGGCGCUAAAAAAUGUUGUGUGUAUGUGUGUAUCUUUGAAAUACAGAGGGGAUUUGACAAACAUGUA